AUAUAACCAUAGAUAUUGCAUGUGUGGGAUUACAAAUUUAGAAAAUGUUAAAUCUAGGUUCCAAUAUAAUAGUAGACUUUUUGGGGUAAUAAAGUUGAGAUCCAAGAAGCUCAAAUCAGGAGAAUCAAGUGUCUGAGACAUUAACCUUUUGUCUUUGUGUUCUUCCUUGAAGCUCAAGGCACAGCUGUGCCUUUUGUCUCUAUGAUAAUGUGAAGGUAUCCGUGAUACUGUCAGGCACCUCUGUAUUUAAAUGACACUGUUAUGCUGAUAAGAUCAAGGCUGGGAAGUUGCCAGUGUCUGGAAUCUUCCUGAUUGCAUUUGCAUGCUUUGUUAAAAUGGUCUCCACCUCUACUGUAUGGAUCCCUCCCACUUGAAUGUAUAUAAUCUACAAUGUCUUAAGGACAAUUUAGACUAUUGAUGACUACAGCACCACGCAGAGCGUUCUCAAUAAAGAAUCCUGCUGAAGAUUACCCAAGAGUCUCCUGGUCUUCGUUUCUGAGUUCCCAACACAUGUUAUUAUUAAUUGCAUAUGCAAUUUAUUUAUGUCAUUCAGACAUUUAUCUGUUGGAUUAUAAAUCAUAAAUACGGUGUAAACAUUUGAAAUUUGAGGGGAAAAAAAUCUUGUUUUCAUCUUUAUGAAGCGAACUGGAGGCAGUCUUACCUUAACAGAACAGUCUUUGGAGCAGGAGGAGAAGCGAUGUCCACGGUGAGAGAAGGCCAAAUGCAGGACCUGAUCAUGAUGCUCCUUCAGGGUCUGAACCUCUACACAUGGAAUGCAGUCAUACAGCCGCUUGAACUCCCUGUACCACUACUCAGCAGCUGCACACACGCAUGAAAAGCACAGUUACUUUCAAAAGGAGCAGGAAGUGCUGCCACAGUGUGGCAUUCAUACAUGAAGAGGAACUCCCUCGGUGAUUGGACAGUCAUCUCAGGUUUCCAGUGAGCAAGGCUGCCCGACUGGUGUUACCGAUACUGGCUGCGAGUGAAACUCGGUUCCUCUUGUCUCAAGAGACAUCAGCAAUUUUGGCACUCCAAAGGUUGUGCUAAAAGUCACAAGCCGUUUGAGACGGCGCCACGCCAGAGUACCGGAGGACCGGGGACACUGCGGUUCAGUGUUUGGGGAGCACCGUGGAGGUUGACCAAGCCACUGGUUCCCACCUGAAUGACCAAUUUAACCAGGUGAACCAAAAGUGAUAAUACCUAUCCACUUAUUAUAAGCCACAGAAUAUUAGAUAUUCCCCCGGAUAUAUUUUAAGUGUUCUGACCCUUUUGCUUCUUUAAGCCACACCAUAUUUCUAAGUUUCCUACCCAGAUAGCCCACUCACCUGUUGGCCCUAUCUUAAAACCUAGCAGUAGGCUUAGGCCUCCUUAUUCCCACUAACACAUUGUGUUUCUGUUGUUUUAUCUCAUUUCAAGUGUUGUUUCACUUUGAUCUUUUUCUACCCUCUGUUCUGUUGUGAUUUUGUUUCUUUCAUUUCACAUAGAGACAGUAACCUGCGAGCCACCAACGAAGUUAAAUCGUAGAACAACCAGCAGCCGGUGUCAUCACACGACCCGCUAGGCUACUGCCUGUCAAAUCUCCAUUUCAGGUCCUUCGUUGACCUCAGUUAAUUGGCUACUUAACUGUCUGACUGUUUGCAUCAGUUAGCCCCAAAAUUCUCAUAAACGGCACAGCCCGUAUGAAUAUAGCUCGUUAAACGUAGAACGAACUUGCAUUGGUCUUUUUGUGUGUGUGUGCUGUGCUUCUCUCACCGACAGAGAACCAGGAUGUUCCAGGCAUCCAGUCCAGCAGUCCACGGGGGCCACCUCUCGACAUGGUUGAAAGCAGUGACGACCCCCUUCCUGCCCAAGGACGCCAGUAACCUGCAGCACCCAGAGCAACUAGACACCGAGCUAGAGGAACUGAUGGCACGCGAUCCAAACCAAAGUGACUACUACAGAGAACUCGCCAGGAUCUUUGGAAGCCUAGUUCACAUUCUCGUCGCCCAAGCACGGCUCAGUGAACGGAGCAACAUCGCGGAGGAGGCCUGGAAGUACCAGGCCCCAAUCCAGAGUCAUCUUGAUCAGCUUCUCCUCGAGACCCAGAACCAGCGCGAGAAAGAGGACGACACAGAUCCAGAGCUACAGAAAGGAGUUGAAAGACUUCACAAUGCCCUGCAAGAUCUUCGCCUCGACACAGAUCAAAAAGAACAGCUGGAGAGAGAAGCCAGAAAAGAACUCAACAAAAAACUCCAGCAAGGCGACGCUCUCCUAAAAAGAGCAGAGACUGAACUGAAAGAAAGAGACUAUAAAACCUGGGCCUGCAAAACACACUUGCAAGCGGCCCGAGCUAAAUUCAACAAGCUUACUCUGCAGAGAGAUGAGCUCCAAGAUGAACUUGACACUGUUCACACCGAACUGAGACAAUCUCACAGAUUACAGAGUGGCUGGAUCGGAGAAACGCACACCACAAAAUUUCUCCCGGGCCGCCACUCCAACCCUUUCAGCCAAGAACCCAGAGCUGGAAAAGGGGGUGUAAGCUCACUUCUAAGGAAAUCACCAGCCAACUUACAAGAACACCUGUCAACAACGGAGGGGAGAGAAUCCUUCCAGAGAACGCAUGUCACUAAACCCUGCACUGCUCACAGAGAACUUCACAAGCUAGCCAGAAGCAUCUCUACAUUCAAUCCAGAUCCUGCAGGAGGACAUGACGUUCAUGCUUCUUUACAAGCCAUUGACUUUCAUUUGGAAACUGUCACCAACGUGACAGAUGUGAACACAUUGUACCUGUUAAAAAUCACGUCCAGCCGUGAUGUGCAUUGCUUUCUGGAUCGUCAACCAGAGACUAUCUGA